AGAAGCGUGCGCUGAUUGGCCGCGAGUGUGCGUCUCCAACCUGAUGGGAAGUACAGGGCGCUCGUCCUUCCACCUGAGCUGCGGGAUGGCCGGCGGAGGGCCGCGGCGAGGCCCGGUGUAGGAUGCCAGCCCUACGGCCGAGUGCUCAGGAUGGUUCGCCCGAGGCCGCGGCUGUUGGACUUCACCAAAACUCCUUCACAUCUUCAGUUUAACAAAUACGUCCUGACGGGCUACCGGCCUGUGUCCACUGCUCACGAGUGUGUGCGGAGUCUCUUUUACAUGCACAAUGAGCUCGGCAAUAUCUACAGUCAUGGUAUCCCCUUCUUCCUGUUUCUGGUGCUGCUGCCCUUCAGCAUCCCAUGGAGGGAGGUAGAUAGCAUCUGGAUCGGCGUGGUCCACUACCUGGCCUGCCUCAGCCCCACGGUGGGCUCGGUGGUCUACCACGUGUUCAUGAACCACGUUGGCGGGGAGCACGUGUACGACACUCUGCUCUCGCUGGACAUGUUUGGCGUGUGCUUGGUGAACACGCUGGGCGCACUUCCCAUCAUCCACAUCACGCUCCUUUGCUUCCCGACGGUGCAGCAGGCCGCCCUGCUGGUUUACAUCUUCCUGUCGGCCUACGGCAUCUACUGCGCCACCACGGCUCGCACCAACGUCCUGCGCCUGCGGGCCUUUGUGUGGCAGGUCAUGUUCCGCUUCAGCCUCUUCCUGUUCCGCGUGUAUGGCGGCGGGGCGGGCAGCCCCGACUCGCUGCGCCUCUUCGUUAUCAUGGACUCUUUGGCCGUGCUGGGGGGGCUCGUCAACGUGAUCCAGAUUCCUGAGCGCUUCGUCCCAGGCCUCUUUGACAACUGGGGUAACAGUCACCAGAUCAUGCACGUCAUGGUUAUCUGCUCCAUCAUUUACCUCCACUGGGGAACGCUGGAGGAUCUGACCUGGAUCAAGGACUACCAGUGUCCUGCAGAGUGAACCCCCAACCAACCCAUUCAACAAGCUGGGUUGAUAGAUUUGACUUUGAGGCAGCAGAGAGAAGAAUCGAGUUUAACCCUUCAAUACGAGUUGAGAGGAACUUGACCAAUUUUGACAAUAUUGGUGAGAAUCUUAAAUAAAAUAUAACGAUUAAUCAUCCAUUGAUAGACAGGUUGUUAAAUUUAAAGACCUGUAGCUUAUAUUUUGUUCAAAAUAUCUUGGCCUGGGCCAAAAGUAAGCCCUUAACAGUAUGUAAGGGUAAAAAAAAAAGCACUUUAGCCCUGUUGGCACGAACGGGGAGCUCUUCUAAUGUGAAUUCCAUUGUACAUGUAAAAAUCCAUCUUACUGGAUUUGUACAGUAGGUUGUUGAAAUGCAGCGGUCAAUUUAUUUUUUAAAAAUGGCAUAAUAAAGUAUAUUUUUACAUCUUU